AACCUAGCUCGGGGUAUGGAUGGAUCAUUGAUGCAUUUUAUAGUGAGUACAAAAAAGUACUCGCACAAGUCUUAAAAAAAAGCGGUGCCGUAGCAUCACCGCCCUCCGGCACUUUUACCCCCCCCCCCAUAACAUUCCACCGCGCCACUUCUCUUUCUUUUCUCUCUCGUCCCCCCUUUCAUUAUCUAGGGUUUUGGGUUUAUCGCCGGCGAAAUCAUGGGAAAAGCUAAAAAAGCCCCCAAAUUUGCCGUCAGGAAGAAGCUCCUCACUUCCAAAACCCUCAAACAGCACAAGCAAGAAGUAUUAAACCCCAAAAAGAAAGACCUUGAAUCCGCUAAUCUUCCUAGAAAUGUGCCUAAUGUAUCAUCUGCCCUAUUUUUCAAGUAUAAUACUGCAUUGGGACCGCCUUAUCGGGUUAUAGUUGAUACCAAUUUCAUCAAUUUUUCUAUCCAGAACAAAUUGGAUUUGGAGAAAGCAAUGAUGGACUGCUUAUAUGCUAAAUGUACGCCUUGCAUUACGGAUUGUGUUAUGGCUGAACUCGAGAAGCUGGGUCAAAAGUAUCGUGUAGCGUUGAGGAUUGCCAAGGAUCCUCGGUUUGACAGACUCCCAUGUAUUCACAAGGGAACAUAUGCUGAUGACUGCAUUGUUGACAGGGUCACUCAGCAUAAAUGCUACAUUGUUGCUACCUGUGAUCGUGAUUUGAAGCGCCGGAUUAGAAAGAUACCUGGUGUGCCUAUUAUGUACAUCACCAGCCACAAGUAUUCAAUUGAGCGGUUACCCGAAGCUACAAUGGGAGGAGCGCCAAGAUUUUAGUGCUUUUGGGAUGCUGUUGUUGGAAAUACAUCUUCUAUUCUAGGUUUUACUUCUACUCUAGAUGACUACUGAUAUGUAUGCCCAGUGGACUUGCCCGAGAGAUGAAGAAUACGCAAAUUUUGACUGAGAUCAUAGGAAGAGUAGGUGUAUCGUAUCCAGUUCGGGGGCGUCGGGUUUCUUAGAGUAUAAUAUGUAAUGAGUUUUUGCUUCAUAGUGAAUCUGGAAACUUAUUUUUGGUGUAGUAAACAGGCUUAACACAAGCUUUAAACUGUGUUGUUUCUUGUGAAAUGCAAGUUUCAUGGUGAUAAUUAUUAUUCUUUAUUACUCUAUAUUGUAUUUUAUAAAAACAGCUUAGUUAAUUUUUA